AUGGGACGAAUUAAUAAGUCGGCGCUGAAGCGAUUAGCGCACGAAAAGAAAACAAUGGCGAAAACCUUGCUGGCGCUGCCGAAAUCGCAAAUCGCGACGAUGGAAGAGUUGAACGCCGAAGUCAAGGCGCUCGUGGCGGAGGGCAAAAAGUUGAAGGGAAAUCACGGCGCGGCGAAGCGGCACGAGGGUGCUUUAGCGGGUGCUUUACGAAGAAUGACGGAGAGCGAGAUGGAUGCGCUCGUGUCUAAAGUGACGGCGAUCGAGAACGGCACGACGGGGGCGAUCGAUUCUAACGUGGACGCCCUCGCGAUGAGUUGGCGAGCGCGUCUGUUGUCGGGAACCGAAGCGACGACGGCUUCGUCCGACGACGCCACGGCGUGUCUCGGGGAGAUUUUCGAUGCCCUGGCGACAGCGGAGGCAAACGAAACGUCCGCGCCCUUGAGUUUCACGCGCCAGGAAUUAAAAGUCGCCCUUGACGCGGCGACAAAAGAAUCGCGCGCUCGCGCGCUCGCCAUCGCCGAAUUCAACGCCUCCAUCGACAAAGAGAUGGAAGUGUUGGCGUACGGCGAAACGAACGAAGAAGUCUUGCGAGAGACUCGUGCGUUUAUCGCACAAAAGCUAAAGAGCGGUGGUGGCGCGAGCGCGACGCCCUCGCGCUCGCCUCCUCGCGCAAAGUCUUCCAAGCGUUUGCUCGGCAUGCUUCGAGACGUCGCCGCCGUCGUCGUCGCCGCCUAA